GUGAAACCGUGUCGGCAAGACGCGUAUUACGCGCACUCCCAUUUUUCGAAUUUUCUUUUCUUCUACCGGAGAAAAAGAAAAAGAAAAUAUUCUUUUUUCAUCGACGGACGCUACUUGAUUUGUUUGGAAUUUAUCUUUUUUUGACAAUUGUGACACACACACAUCUUCAAAGUCUUUGGGAGGAAGAAGAAUUUCAGAAAAAGAAAGAGCGGGUGACGCUCUCAUCCGCCCAAUCUCUCACUCCCCGGAGUAGCGCGGAGUGAGGAGCCUUUCAUCCCGGCCCCAAAUUCUCGGAUUUUUUUUUUUUCUUUUUGAAAUUCAAUUUUCAAGCAGUCAGCAAAUAAAGUGCAAUUUCUACCAGUCAUUUGAAAAGAAAAGAAACAAAAAAGGAUUUUUUUUUUUUGAAGUCAUUCGCCUAUUCAAGAAAAAAAAAGAAAACAUGAAUCAAGAUUUCAAUAAAGCCGUGCUGCGAUACAUUUUCACGCUGUUCCUCAUUACACAGAUUUCUGCCGAUUAUGGUAGAAAGAGCCCAAGCAGUGGACCUGGUCCAGGUGGUGGUAGGGCUGUGCCUUUAACCGGCCCUGUCUCUCCUCUGCUUCCAGUGCGGACGCCAUUACCCGUGGUUGCCGCAUCUGCUAAAUUGCCAACGGGAGCUAAUGUGCGACAGCAGACGAAACCUUCUAAUUUGACGAAACCCAUUUCGACGAGUCGAGGACGAGCAGCUUUAGGAGCACCGGUUUUGCGACCACGUUCUGAAGUCUUUUUCCUUCACCUCGACGACGGUUAUUUCGGGUGUCAAGUGAACGAGUCAACCGACGUCCUUCAGCUUUACGACAUUUCAAAGUUGUGCGACGGCAUAUCCGACUGUUUCCUCGGCUCGGACGAGAACCGUGGCAAACUCAAAUGCACAGGUGACUGCGUCUUAACUGAAGGUGCACGCUGCCAAAAUGGCGCCUGUCUCGAUCACGAGUGCCAUUGUAACGAUGGAUAUGGAGGCUGCGGCUGCUCGACGCCUGACGAGAACGAGUGCAAGUAUCGACCUUGUGACGUGUUCGCCCAAUGUACCAAUACCUUGGGCAGUUUCACCUGUACCUGCUAUCCCGGUUAUGAAGGCGACGGUUUCACAUGCACGGAUAUCGACGAAUGCAAGAAUCCGGAACUGGCGGCUAAAUGCGUGGAGAACGCCGAGUGCUGCAACCUGCCGGCCCAUUAUUCGUGCAAGUGCAAACCCGGUUUCCAGGGCGAUGGAGAGAAACAAUGUCUGGACAUUGACGAGUGCCAAAAUCCUGGAUCAUGCGGCCUUAAUGCCCUUUGUCAGAAUACCCCAGGCAACUACACCUGCGCUUGCCCUAACGGCUACGGAGGCAACCCUUACGAUGGCUGCGCCGAUAUCGAUGAAUGUGAAAUUGGCAACGCUUGCGGCACCGGAAGCCUCUGCACGAACACGGACGGCGGUUACACAUGCACUUGCCCGCCCGGUUUCACCGGUGACCCCAAAGUGGCAUGCGUUGACGUCGACGAGUGCGCACCGCCGCCACCCGGCGUCAAGGCGACUCCCGUUUGCGGAAGAAGCGCCAUCUGCGACAAUCUGCCCGGAUCUUUUAAAUGCCAGUGCCCGCCUGGAUUCAAGGGCGACCCUAAAAUUGCCUGUCAAGACAUUAACGAGUGCCUGAGUAAACCGUGUGGCGCCAAUGCGACCUGUACAGACACUAUCGGCAGUUUCAGCUGUUCUUGCGUCGAAGACUUCACUGGAGACCCGUACCGAGGAUGUUCAGACAUUGACGAGUGUGCCGUGCUGGCAAGUCCGUGUGGUAAACAGGCCAUCUGCGAGAACACGGUGCCCGGUUACAAUUGUCGCUGCCCUCAAGGAUAUGCCGGCCAACCUACACCGGACGUUGCGUGCGAACAGGUGGAUGUGGGGACCAUCUGCAAGGGAAAUUUCGAUUGUGUCAAUAAUGCGGAAUGCCUGGACGGCCAAUGUUUCUGCCGUAAUGGCUUCCAGCCAUUGGGCGCCACUUGCGUUGAUAUCGACGAAUGUACCAAGGCCCCUUGCGGACCUAAUUCCGUCUGCACUAAUCUCGCCGGCAGCCAUCGUUGCGAAUGCGAGGCAGGUUUUGUCGGCAAGCCGCCAACUACACCCUGCAAAGCUCCAUGCGAAGAUGUAAAAUGCGGUGCUCAUGCGACUUGCAAAACCCAAGACGAAGAAGCUUUCUGCGUUUGCGACGAAGGUUGGACCUACGAUCCGGCCAAUAUCGCCGCCGGAUGUCAGGAUAUCGAUGAAUGCGACCUCGCCCAGGGCCUUUUGAGUCGUUGCGGAGAAGGAGCGAUUUGCAGCAAUACACCGGGUAGCUUCAGUUGCCAGUGCCCGCCAGGCUUUUCCGGCGAACCAUCCACCAGAUGCUUCGAUAUCGACGAGUGUCAACGUCCCGGUGUUUGUGGCACGGGAGCGGUUUGUGUAAACAUUCCCGGUUCCCAUGAAUGCCGAUGUCCGGAAGGAACAGCUCCGGAGCCGGAUGCUCGCACCAAAUGUGUUUCUCUGAUGCGAUGCGCCAUCGAUGACGAUUGUCCAGGCAAUUCCGUUUGCGAUCCGACCAAAGAAUGUUUAUGCCCCGAACCAAACAUCGGCAAAGAUUGCAGACAUCCUUGUGAGGGUGUCCGCUGUUCAGCCAAUCAGGAAUGUAUGUUGAUCAACGACGUUGCCAAAUGCAUGUGCUCGUCUGGUUUCACCGGUGGAGUCAACGGUGGAUGCGUCGAUAUCGACGAGUGUUCUGCCGGUCAAAAACCUUGCGCCCAGGGAGCUGUUUGUCGUAAUGAACCUGGCCGAUUCGUCUGCGAAUGUCCCAGUGGAUUCGAAGGCGAGCCGUACAAGACGGGCUGUAUCGAAAAAGCGACAGCACCACCUGGAUGCAGCAUUCUUCCCUGUCCAAGCGGCGAAGUUUGCGUUCCAUCGGACAAUGGCGGCGUUUGCGUCUGUUCCAGGGGCUGGAUUCGUGAUCAAACAACGGAACUCUGCCGGGACGUCAACGAGUGUCUUGAAUCUCCACCAGACAAACCGGCCUGUGGUUUCCGGGCCGUUUGUAAGAACUUGCCUGGAAGUUACGACUGUUCCUGCCCUAAAGGCUACGAUGGCAAUCCGUUCCAGAGCUGCGACCUGUGCGACAGCAUCGAGUGCCGUUGUCAACCACCUUAUCGCAUCGUCGGAGGAGCUUGUUUGCUUGCCGACUGCGCCGGAGGCAAACAAACCUGCCCAGCAGGAGCCGAAUGCAUCACGGUGACGGGCGGAGUAAGUUACUGUGCCUGCCCGGCCGGUUAUCGCGCCAAACCUGACGGCUCGUGUGAAGACGUCAACGAAUGCCAAGAAGGAAUCAACGGUCAAUCCGCCUGCGGUUUCGGAGCUGAUUGUUACAACCGGCCUGGACGUUUCGACUGCCAAUGCCCUGCCAAUUUCACCGGCGAUCCUUACAAGGGCGUUUGCGCUCCCAGCCAAGUCCGCUGCGUCUCCGACACUGAGUGCGACACCAACGAACGCUGCGUCCAGCCUGGAGAAUGCAUUUGCCCACCGCCUUACUACACCGACACGGAAGACGGCAAUAAAUGCAAAAGUCCCUGCGAACGCCACGCGUGCGGAGUCAAUAGCAAAUGCACUCCGUCCGAUCCGCCUAAAUGCAUGUGCGAGCCUGGACACACUGGCAACCCAAGCGUCGGUUGUAGCGACAUCGACGAGUGCCGAGACAACCCAUGCGGUCCAGGAGCUUUGUGCAUCAAUGAGAACGGCGGCUUUAAAUGUCACUGCCCCAACGGACAACAAGGCGACGCCUAUCAGGAGGGAUGUCGCGGAGAAGCUCGAUCUGAAUGCCAAGCCGACGAUGAAUGUGACGGACAGCUGGCCUGCAUCCAGGGCGGUUGCGUUAACCCGUGCCAAGCUCUGCCUUGCGGAGCGAACGCCUACUGCGAGCCGGAAGAGCACGCCGCUUGGUGCCGCUGCUUGCCCGGUUUCAAAGAAGACAGUCAAACAGGCGCUUGCAUUUCCCUGUGCCACGACAUCCUGUGCGGGGAGAACGCCCAGUGCGUCGUUUCCUCCACUGGCCCUACGGGAACGUCGACCACAUGCGCCUGUCUCGACGGCUACAACGGCAACCCCUUUCCAGGGGGUUCCUGCUUGCCGGAUGUCUGUUCCGCUUCAUUACCUUGUCAGGACCCUCAAGUCUGCGUUUCCGGACGCUGCAAGGAGCGCUGCGAAGGCAUCACGUGCGGAGUUGGAGCUCGUUGCGACAAGGCCACCAACCAGUGCGUCUGUUUGCCCUAUUUCAUCGGCAAAGCGGAUUUGCUCUGCGUUCCUCCAGUCAUCCCGCCUAUCUGUCAGCCACCUUGCGGUCGCAACUCUCACUGCGAAUACGGCCAACCUAAUCGAUGCGUUUGCAACCCCGGUACGUCGGGCAAUCCGUACGAAUCGUGCGGCGCUCAGGAGAAGACCUGUGACGCAACCAAAUGCGGUGUCAAUGCUCAAUGUCGUCAAGGAGUCAAUCGAGUCGAUUGUGUCUGCCCAGUUGGUUACCAGGGCAACCCUUACGUGGCUUGCGAAGAUGUGAACGAAUGUAUGGGUAACGCUUGCGGAGCCAAUGCCGUUUGUCUCAAUACACCCGGAAGCUACGAUUGCCAAUGUCAGGAAGGAUUCUCUGGCAAUCCGUUCAUGAUGUGCAUGCCCAUCAGUAUCGAACCGCCCGUCCAGCCAUCUGUCGCCGAUCCAUGCUCGUCUGUUAGUUGUGGACCGAAUGCUGGUUGUCGAAACGGCCAGUGCGUAUGCCUUCCUGGUUACUCCGCCAGCGCUGGAGGUCUGUGCACCGUUCCAUCUUGUCGAAACGAUCUUGACUGCGCCAGCCGAGAAGUUUGCCUUCCCGUUGAUCAGUCCAUCACAAAUGGCGGCCUUCGUCGUUGCGUGGACGCGUGCUCCCGCGAGCAGUGCGGACCCAACGCCGUUUGCGUAGCCGACACUCACCGGGCUUCUUGCAUCUGUCGUGACGGAUUCACGGGCAAUGCCAACGUCGGUUGCCAACAGGAACCUGCCGACGACAAGUGCGGAAGAGACGACGACUGCCCGGGUGACGCUAUUUGUGGCAAAGACAUUGACGGUAUCCGCCAAUGCGUCGACCCUUGCAAAUCUUUUACCUGCGCUCAGAGCGAGUCUUGCGUCAUCAAGGCCGGCAAAGCCCACUGCGAAUGUUUAUCGAAUUUCGUACGCAACCCCGCCACCGGAUCUUGCGAAAAACCAGGGCUUCCGGAUUGCGUCACAAACGCGGACUGUAAAUCCGAUUCCGUUUGUCGUCAGGACGUUUUGGGAGUGCGGAAAUGUACUGCCGUCUGCGUGGGUUACACUUGCUCCGCCAAUUCCGACUGCCGAGCUGCUAACCAUGUCGGCCAAUGCGUUUGCCGGGCUGGAUUCACUGGUAACCCCAACGACCGUAACGGCUGCCGUCCUGUGCCCAAAGAUCAAUGCCAGAUGGAUGCCCAAUGUAGCGAAGUGGAAGUUUGCAAACCGGACAGCAACGGCCUCCGCCGCUGCGUUGCCAUCUGUCCUACGGUUCGUUGCGGAUCGGGAGCCGUAUGCGUGGCCAAUAAUCAUGCUGCCAAAUGCGCCUGUCCGACCACCGGCCUUUAUGCUGGCAAUCCAUCCGGGCCGGAAGGUUGUCGCAAAGUUGAAUGUUUGGCCAAUAGCGACUGUUCCGGAACAAAGUCAUGCGAUCGCGCCACGUACACUUGCAAACCCGUUUGCGUUCAAAACAGUUGCGGCAAGAACGCCAUCUGCCUGGCAGAGAACCACAUGGCCAUGUGUUCUUGCCCGGUAGGAUUGGUACCUAACCCCCGACCUGAAAUCGAAUGCGUUCCAGCUGACCUUUGCGUCUCUCAACCUUGUCACGCUACUGCCAUCUGCUCCACAUCUGCUGGAAGAGUAAUUUGCUCUUGCCCGUUAGACAAAGUUGGAGAUGCCUACAGGACCGGAUGCCGUGCUAAUGGAACUUGCCCCAAUGGCAAUACUGACUGCCCAUCAGAAGCUUCUUGCCUGGACGGCCGCUGCGUCGAUCCAUGCGACUCUUUCUGCGGACCAAACGCGGCCUGCCGAGUCAUCAACCACAAACCUUCGUGCUCCUGCCCGCCACGUUUCAAUCCGAAUCCGACAGCCGACCGCGGAUGUGUCCGUCAGCCCCAGAGUUGCCGUUCAGAUGGCGAUUGCCCAACUGGUAGUCCUUGUAUGGGUGGCCAAUGCAAAGCAGUGUGCCGAAACGAAUAUGAUUGCGCCCAAGGCGAGCGUUGCGUGUCCAGCAUGUGCCAACUGCCCUGUCUGAGCCACGGUCAAUGCCCCAACGGACAGGCGUGCGUCGGAAGCUACUGCAAAGCAGGCUGCCGUGCCGAUACCGACUGCCCCAUCAAUCAGGCCUGUUUGAAUCACCGAUGCGAAAAUCCUUGUCAACGCGAAGGGGUGUGCGGUACCAACGCCCUCUGUCGAGUCAUCGACCGCUCAGCGCAAUGCGCUUGCCCCGACGGAUUUAUGGGAGGACCCACCGCCCAGCAGGGUUGCAUGCGCAAUCCGGUCUACUGCCAAUCUGGAACGGCUUGUCCAGCUGGUCAUACUUGCCAGUCCGGCCGAUGUUAUCCGACUUGCCGUGAAGGUGCCCCCAGCACUUGCGUGGGCGGAGAGCGUUGCUUGUCCGGCCAAUGCGUCAAGAUCUGUUACAGCGACAACAACUGCAUGUCUGGCGAAGUGUGUAUCGACGGUGGAUGCAGACCAGGAUGUCGUUCAGAUACCGAUUGCUCCAAUAGUCAAGUCUGUCGAAACAGCCAAUGCCGUUGCGCUCCUGGCUACGCUGCCGGAACCAACGGAGUUUGCGUCGAUGUUGACGAAUGCCUGAACCGACCAUGUCACGCGACCGCUCAAUGUACCAACACGCUCGGAUCUUUCCGCUGCUCUUGCCGACCUGGAACCGUUGGCGAUGGCUACAGCGAAGCUUGCGUCGCAGCCAACGAAUGUGAAGCCAGCUCCGCGUGUGCAGACCAUCUGGCUUGUCUUGUCCGUCAAGGCGGCACCAAAGCUUGCGCCGACCCCUGCACGACUUCGCCCUGCGGUCGUAACGCCCUCUGUACAGUCGUUGAUCAUCAGCCGUCGUGCACCUGCCCGCCAACUACCCGAGGCAAUCCUAACGAUUUGAAAGUAGGCUGCUUCCGCGUUGAUUGUAUCGAGAACGAAGAUUGUCCGCAAGAUCGCACUUGCGACAAGCAGUCGUUCAAAUGCAUCAAUCCGUGCGAUUCUAUGGAAUGUUACAACGGACUGUGUCAAGUCAAGAACCGUAAAGCCGUCUGCCAAUGCGCCUCCGGAUUCCGACCUACUCAAGACAACAAGUGUGUCGAUGUUGAUGAAUGCAGCUCAAAUCCGUGCCAUCCGACUGCCACCUGUCGUAACAUGCCUGGCAACUUCCAGUGCGUCUGCCCAGAUGGUUUAGUGGGAGAACCGUACAAGGCCGGUUGUAAGAGACCAGGUCACUGUGUCGUCGAUUCCGAUUGCCCAUUGACGGCCUCUUGCAUCUCCGGUACCUGUAAAGACCCUUGCGGAUUAGCAGGUGCUUGUGGUAAAGGAUCGGAUUGUGUGACUGAAAACCACUUACCAGUCUGUCGCUGCCCGUUCCAAACCACUGGCGACCCGAAAACUGAAUGCUACACGCUACAGUGUGUCGACGGAUCGGAUUGUUCACAGAAAGAAGCCUGCGUCAACAACAAGUGUGUUGAUGCUUGCGCUGCUUCCAACGCUUGCGGAUCCAACAGCGAUUGUACGGCCGUCAACCACCGAGCUGUUUGUGAAUGUAAAUCUGGAUUUACUGGAAGCCCCUACCAAGGUUGCGUUGCGCUAGUCCUUUGCGCUUCCGAAUCCCAGUGCCCGACGUCGCAAACUUGCACGGGUGGCGUCUGCGUCUCUCGUUGUCAAAGUAGUCGUGACUGCCUGCCAUCUCAGCACUGCAUCGAAGGCAAAUGUCGUCCAGCAUGCACGAAGAGCACGGAAUGCACCGACGGCCAGGUCUGUUACAACAGCGUCUGCGUCCAGGAGGUGCGCUGUCGUAGCAAUGAAGAAUGCGGCGACGGAGAAAGUUGCCUAAAAUCCAGCAACGGCAAAGCCGAAUGUCGCAAUCCAUGCGAUGGAUCCGUUCUCUGUGGUCGCAAUGCCGUCUGUAAGGCAGUCAAUCGCCAGGCCGUCUGCAGUUGCAAAGAGGGCUAUUUUGGAAAUCCCCAGGAUGAUAAAAUUGGCUGUCUCAAGAUCGAAUGUACCAAGAACGAGGACUGCUCAGCUGACAAACGUUGCCACGAUAACCGAUGCAAAAUCGCCUGCAUGGUCGAGAACCUUUGCGGCAAGAACACGCUCUGCUUCUCGGAGAAACACCAGUCCGUCUGCAAGUGUCAACCUGGUUACACUGGCAACGUUCUGACCGGAUGUACGCCCAUAGAUUACUGCUCUCAAACACCUUGCGCGGCUGGAGCCCGGUGCGAAAAUACUCGAGGCUCUUAUAAAUGUAUUUGCCCGACUGGAACAGUAGGAGAACCCUACAGCGAAGGAUGCCAACAGCCCGUGGAAUGCAGACAAAAUCAGGACUGCCCGCCAUCAGCCGUUUGCGGUCGAGAAAAAGGACAGCCGAAAUGCCAAGAUGUCUGUGCCGGAUACUCUUGCGGACCGAAUGCCGAUUGCCUUCCGGCUAAUCACAAGGCCGCGUGUGUUUGUCGACAAGGUUUCGAAGGAAAUCCGGCUGACAAAACUGUCGGCUGCGUUCGCAAACCAGUAAGCUGCAAAGCCCAGCCGGAUUGUCCACCCAAUACUUUCUGCUACGGCGGAAUUUGCAAGCCGGCCUGCCAGUCCAACAAAGAAUGCCAAGAUGGUGAGGCGUGUGUCCGCGGACAGUGUGUUAACCCUUGUUCGCUGGAUGGCGCCUGCGGUAUGAACGCCCAAUGUCGUCCAGUCAAUCACGAAGCUGUUUGUUCGUGCUCUGCCGGCUUCACUGGAACACCGAAAACUGAAUGCAUUCGUGUUCCAGUUGCUUGUACUCGUGAUGCAGAAUGCGGUACCGGAAACAGAUGCAAUGACGGCCGUUGUGUUCCAGCUUGCACCAACGACUCCAAAUGCGCAAUGAACGAAAAAUGCGUUGGCGGCCAGUGUAUGCUGACCUGCCGCGUGGACAAUGAUUGCUUCCUUAGCCACAUUUGCCUCAACAACAUGUGCAUUGUUGGCUGCCACCAGAAUAGCGAUUGUGCAGCUGACGAAGCUUGUAUUGAAAGUCGAUGCAAGAACCCGUGCAGCUCCGAGGCAGUUUGCGGACCAAACGCUUUGUGUAACGUCGUAAAUCAACGAGCACAAUGCACAUGCCCAGCCGGUUUCUUGGCCUAUCCUACUCCCAACACGGCUUGUGUCCGAGAACCCACACCUUGCACUGGAACCAAAAGUUGCGCUGCCGGUUUUACUUGUCAGAACUCGGUUUGCCGUCCACUUUGCUCGGCCGAUUCCCAGUGUCUGGUUAACGAGCGCUGCGGCCAAGGAAUGUGCGUGCCCGUCUGCCGACAGGAUACUGACUGUUCCAGUGGCGAGAUUUGCUCUAUGGGAAGCUGCAAAACUGGUUGCCGAACUGAUCCAGAUUGCCCGAUGACCCACGCCUGUCUCAAUGCUCAAUGCGUGUCCGUUUGCGCCUCACCGGCUGCUUGCGGUACCAAUGCCAAGUGUCUCGGAACGAACCACCGUGCCCAGUGCACUUGCCUUGAAGGAUUGAUAGGAAACGCCAAAGUGGCUUGUCGCUAUCCCCCAUCCACGUGCACAGGAACAACCGAUUGUUUGGCCAACCAGAAAUGCAUCGGAGGAAUGUGUCGACCAGGGUGCACCAGUGAUCAAGGAUGCUUGUCGGAUUCUCGAUGCAUCAAUGGCGCUUGUAGCCCCGUUUGUAACAGCGACAGCUUCUGCGAUCGGGGUCAUGUCUGUCUUGAUCGCGUUUGCGUCGUCGGUUGUCGAAACGACGCCACUUGCCCGGCAAGCCAGGCUUGUAUCAAUAACAAAUGCACAGAUCCUUGUCGAGUUCCGAACGUGUGUGGCAAUUGCGCUGUGUGCGAAGUCAUCAAUCACGUAGCUCAGUGCACAUGCCCGUCCGGAUCCAUUGGUAAUCCUCAAAUCGGCUGCUCCAUCACGCCGACAAGAUGCGCAGCCAAUGGUGACUGCGGUUCUGGAACCUGCAUUUCCGGUUUCUGUUCCAAAGCCUGUGCAAAGAACAACGAAUGUAGCUGCGGGGAAUCUUGCGUCCAGGGCCGUUGUCGCCUCAAGUGCUCGGCGGAUAACCAAUGCCCAACCGGUCAACUAUGUCGCAUUGGUAGCUGCGCGCCAGGAUGCAAGGCCAAUACCGAUUGCGCCGUCCAGCAAGCUUGCAUUAACGGACAGUGUAGAGAUCCUUGUCAGAUAAGCCCUUGCGGUCGAGGCGCGGAAUGUCGCAUCUCUGACCAUCGUGCGGUUUGUCUCUGCCCGAAUGGCUUUUCCGGAAAUCCAACCGUUAGUUGCGAGAAGAACGAAUGCGAACGCGAUGGCGAUUGCGACAUGGAAAAGCGCUGCAAGAAUAACCGCUGCGUCUUGCCGUGUCUCGAACCCGGUGCUUGCGGUGUCAAUGCUGUCUGUCGGUCCGUCUCGCACAAGGCGCAAUGUCUAUGCCCGCCAGGUUACUUUGGCAACGCUCAAAUCGAAUGCAAACAAGAUGUCAACGAAUGUUUGAGCAACCCGUGCGGUGCCAACGCUAUUUGCACGGACAAUGUCGGUAGCUUCACCUGCACUUGCGCACCUGGAUGUGUCGGAGACCCAGUCAGAGGCUGCCUCUGCACUGCACCAUCCACCAUAGACCCAUGCGCAGAUUCCGGUUGUGGAACUCAUGCCUUGUGUCGUGUCGAGGGAACUCGUCCCGUCUGCUACUGCCCACCCAACUAUCCAUACGGCAAUCCUCGCACUGAAUGCAACAAUGAGAAACCUUCGAUGCGAACGGAUUGUCGAACAGAGGGUUGCGGCGAAGGAGCUUCUUGUGUUGCCCAGGGCCCGCAGUACGUCUGCAGGUGUCGAACUGGCCUUCAAGGGAAUCCUGAAGUUCGAUGCAGCGCAGAUCGCUCCUGUUCGAUUGAUAACGACUGCCCCAUGGAUAAGGCUUGCGUCAAUCGCCAAUGUCAAGAUCCUUGCUCGUUGAGAGAGGCUUGCGGUCAGAAUGCUCUGUGUAGCGUUGUUCUGCACAAGGCUCGCUGCUCGUGCCCGCAAUGCUACAUCGGCCGGCCAACUCUCAAGUGCAGCCCAGAUCCCAGGUGUGGCACUACCACACAGAGACCCGUUGCCGUUAUUACGACCCCAAGAAAUCCGGUCACGAAGAGCCCAAGACCAUCAACUGCACCUGUCGUAGCCGUGUGUUCCAGGGACAACCAAUGCUCGACCAAUCACGCUUGUAACACCAACCUGGGCACGUGUCAAGAUCCUUGCGACUUCAAGAACGUAGCCUGCGAUCAAGGCAAACGCUGCGAAGUCCGACGACACCGGCCCGUCUGCGUCUGUAAACACGGUUUCGUGCUGAACGAAGCUGGCGAAAUGGCGUGCGGACCGAACCCGAUUGAAUGCCGAGUGGACGACGAAUGCGCCAGUAAUUUGGCUUGCGUCCUGGGACGUUGUACUAACCCGUGUGCCGGUAGCCGUAAUCCAUGCACGGCGUCCAACAAGGUGUGUCAGGUGCUGGAUCACCGUGCCGUUUGCAUAUGCGUCGAAGACUGCACGGCCUCCGUUUCGAUUUGCUUACGCGAUCGCGGCUGUCCGCCUACUAUGGCCUGUGUCAACUUCCAGUGCCGCAAUCCGUGUGAAAAUUCCACCUGUCCAGAAAACCGACCGUGUUAUGUUGAAGAGCACAAAGCCGUCUGCAAAUUCUGCCCGCCAGGCUUUGUGGUUAAUCCACAAUACGGAUGCAUUCAAGCUGUCGGUUGUCGAACGGAUUCCGAAUGCCCAGCUAAGGAAGGUUGCAUCAACGGACGCUGUCAGGUAGUUGAUAUUCCCAAAGAGCCCGUCGUCGGCGAAUGUCCACCGUGCCGACCUAACGAGGAAUGCGAUGCCACUACGCUCACGUGCUUCCCGGUGGUUGUCGGAGAAUGUCAAUCCAAUAACGAUUGCCCUUACGAUCGUUAUUGUGACCGCCCUACCGCCCAGUGUAUUCCAGUAUGUCAGACUCGAGUCUGCGGACGUCUUGCCUCAUGCCAGGCCGUUAGUCACAACGCCGUCUGCAGUUGUCUUGAAGGCUUUACCGGAAAUCCACGCGAGCAGUGCUACAAACUGACUGGUUGCAGAAGCAACGGCGAUUGUCCGGCAAAAGAAGCUUGCAUCAACGGACAAUGUGUCAAUCCUUGUCGUUGUGGUGUUGGAGCUGUUUGCGAAAUUCGUGACCAUAAUCCAAUCUGCAAAUGCCCAGCUGGCACAAUUGGCAACCCUCUGACCGGCUGUACAUCUCCCGUGAUAUCCGAGCCGUGCAAUCCUAACCCGUGUGGACCGAAUGCUGAUUGCAGUGUGGGUUUGACGAAGAAUCCCAUCUGUACUUGUCGCCCUGGUUUCUACGGUGAUCCGCAAAGCAAUCGCGGCUGUGGACCUGAAUGUACCACGAACAGCGAGUGCCCAUCGACACAGGCUUGUAUUAAUCAAAAGUGUCGCGACCCAUGCCCUGGAGCUUGUGGAAUCAACGCAGCCUGUCGCGUAACGGGACACAAUCCCGUCUGCACGUGCGUUCCUGGAUACACGGGCAAUCCUUACCAGAAUUGCAAUCCGAUUGUAGUUUCACCCGUCAUCACUCCGACAUUGUCCCCACCGGUCUCUUACCCACAAUUACCACCAAAACCAGACUGUCCCAACUGCAAACCCGAAUGCGUCCUCAACUCAGAUUGUCCACCCAACUUGGCCUGCAUGAACCAAAAAUGUAGAGAUCCUUGUCCGGGAGUUUGUGGUCAAAAUGCAGUUUGCAAAGUCAACAACCACAACCCGAUAUGUUCCUGUUUGCAAGGAUAUCAGGGCGAUCCUACCAGAUCUUGCGCUCCAAGACCCGUUGCACCUAGCGUGGUUGAACCUGUCGUUCCCAAUCCUUGCAAUCCAAAUCCGUGUGGCAAUUACGCAGAUUGUCGACCGGUCAAUAACCAAGCCACGUGCUCUUGCUUGCCCGGUUAUUACGGAAACCCAUGUCGACCCGAAUGUAUCGCCAGCAGCGACUGUCCUAAAAACAAGGCAUGUGUCAAUCAAAAAUGCGUCGAUCCCUGCCCAGGCACAUGUGGAAUAGGAGCCAACUGCGUUGUUAAAGAUCACAACCCCAUCUGUUCAUGCCCCGGCAGCAUGACGGGCGACCCGUUCGUUCGUUGCACUGAGCCGGUAGUUGUCCAACCAGGAGCAGGUACCACCAAACCGAAAGAUCCUUGCUCUCCAUCACCGUGUGGUGUUGGAGCUGAUUGUCGAUCGCAAGGAAACAGUGCAGCCUGUUACUGUCCUGCCAACUAUGUCGGAGAUCCCUACACUGGCUGCCGACCGGAAUGUGUUCAAAACUCCGAUUGUCCUCGCGACAAGAGCUGCGCCAACAACCGUUGUGUCAAUCCUUGCCCUGGCGUCUGUGGAUUGAACGCCGAAUGCCGUGUUAUCAAUCACUACCCAGUGUGUAGUUGUCUGUCGGGCUACACUGGCGAUGCCUCUUCAGCUUGCCGACCUAUUCCUGUCGAGAGCCGACCUAUCGAGCCCGUUGUAACAGACAGACCCUGCGUGCCAUCGCCCUGUGGACCAAAUAGCGCCUGCAGAGAAGUUAGCAACAAGCCCGUCUGUUCCUGUCAAUCUGGAUUCGUGGGUGUCCCUCCAAGCUGUCGACCAGAGUGCUCGUCCAAUGCCGAGUGCUCCCAGUCAUUGGCCUGUAUCAACCAGAAGUGCAGGGAUCCUUGUCUUGGGGUUUGCGGAGAGAACGCCGUAUGUCGAGUAGUCCAACACAACCCCAUUUGUAGUUGUCCUAGGGACCUUACAGGCGAUCCAUUUGUACGUUGCCAACCUUUCCCUGUUCGACCACAACAGCCUGUAAUAGAGGAACCAUCCAACCCAUGCAUACCUUCGCCCUGCGGUCCUAAUUCCAAGUGUCAAGUGGUCAACAAUCAAGCCCAGUGUGGCUGCCAAGACGAAAUGAUUGGUACGGCGCCCAACUGCCGACCCGAAUGUAUUCGCAACAGCGACUGCCCGUCGAAUUUGGCCUGCAAUAAUCAAAAGUGUAAAGAUCCUUGCCCGGGAGUGUGUGGUGCUAAUACUCAUUGUCGUGUCGUCGGUCACAACCCAGUUUGCUCUUGCAAAGAAUCAUUCACAGGCGACCCGUUUCGAAACUGCGUUCCAAUUCGACCUGUUGUAUCAGAGCCUCCGAAGAAACCGACACCUACCCCCUGCAAUCCAUCACCCUGUGGUGCCAACGCUGUUUGUCGCGAACAAUCGGGAUCGGCAAUUUGUCAAUGCUUGCCUGAAUAUUUCGGCGACGCCCCUCCCAAUUGUCGUCCAGAGUGUGUGGUCAAUAGUGAUUGCCCGAGCAACCGAGCUUGCGUCGGCCAAAAGUGCGUCGAUCCUUGCCCUGGUUCAUGUGGUUUUAACGCCGACUGCCGCGUCGCUAAUCACCAGCCUGUGUGCACCUGUCAACCGAAAUUCACCGGGGAUCCCUACGCUUCCUGCCGGCCAAUACCCGUCGUUGUGCCACCGACUGAGCCGUCAGUCGUCAAACCUUGCGAUCCUUCACCAUGCGGGCCGAACAGCGUCUGUAGGCCAGUAGGGUCUCAGCCCGUUUGCUCUUGCCAGUCAGGCUUUGAUGGUGUUCCACCAGAUUGUCGACCUGAGUGUAUCUCGAGCUCUGAAUGCCCACCAUCGAAAGCAUGUCUCAACAUGAAAUGUCAGGAUCCAUGCCCAGGUGCAUGUGGACGUGAUGCGCAGUGCAAGGUUGUCAAUCACAGCCCGAUUUGUGUCUGCCCGUCCGGAUGGACUGGUGACCCGCUAACUGGAUGCCGUAUUAUACCUACACCAACAACUAAUCCUGUAGUGGAAGAAAGCACGUUACCACCGGUACCAUCAAAUCCGUGCACACCAACACCGUGCGGACCUAAUUCACAAUGCCAAGUUGUUGCGGGACAAGCCCAGUGUGGCUGUGUGCCCGGCAUGAUUGGUUCCGCCCCCAACUGUCGACCAGAGUGUGUACUUCACUCGGACUGCACUUCCAACAGGGCUUGUAUCAACCAGAAAUGUGUCGAUCCAUGCCCAGGAUCCUGCGCUUCAAACGCCGAAUGUAGAGUGGUCAGCCAUUCACCUGUCUGCAGCUGUGUAACAGGAUAUACGGGCGAUGCAUAUCGCAGUUGUCGGCCAGUGCCAGCAAGUGUCGAGCCUAAUGUGGUUCAACCACCGAACCCUUGCGAUCCCAAUCCUUGUGGCACCAACGCUCAGUGUAAAACACAAAACGGAGCCAUCAAUUGCAUCUGCCCAGCCAACUAUCUCGGGGAUCCGUACAGUUCUUGUCGGCCGGAAUGUGUUCUCAACACAGACUGUCCCCGUGAUAAGAACUGCGUAAACAACCGAUGUGUAGACCCUUGCCCAGGAACAUGCGGAAUAAAUGCAGUCUGUAGGGUCACGAAUCAUAUCCCUGUCUGCAGUUGCAAAGAGGCUCACACUGGAGAUCCAUAUGGAUCUUGCCGUCCUAUCCCUGUGAUAACACCACCGACAUCACCGAGCGUAGUUAGACCAUGCGUACCAACGCCUUGCGGUCCAAAUAGCCAAUGUCGUGAAAUGGGAAAUGUGCCGGUCUGCUCUUGUCAGCCGGGCAAUUUGGGCGUUCCACCAGAAUGCCGACCGGAAUGUGUUUCGAGUUCAGAAUGCGCCCCGUCCCAGGCAUGCACCAACUUUAAAUGCCAAGACCCCUGUCCUGGAACCUGUGGUCGAGACGCAAAAUGUCAAGUAGUGAACCACAAUCCUAUAUGCGUCUGUCCGUCCGGAUGGACUGGUGAUCCCUUAACCGGUUGUCGAAUCAUACCUACACCUGUACCAAAUCCAGUAGUGGAAGAAGUAACUUUAGCACCCAUACCACCCAACCCAUGCACGCCAUCACCAUGUGGACCGAAUUCACAAUGUCAAGUCGUGGUUGGACAAGCUCAAUGUGGAUGCGUGGCCGGCAUGAUUGGUUCCGUACCAAAUUGUCGACCUGAAUGCAUCAUCAGCUCGGAUUGUCCUUCGAGCCAAGCUUGCAUGAAUCAAAAAUGUGUUGAUCCAUGCCCUGGAACUUGCGCAUCCAACGCAGAAUGUAAAGUCGUCAACCAUUCGCCCUUGUGUAUCUGCACGUCAGGUUACACGGGCGAUGGUUUCCGUAAUUGCUUACCGAUUGCGGCAGUAGUCGAACCAAGCAUCCCUCAGCAGACGAAUCCUUGCGAUCCUAACCCGUGUGGUACCAAUUCUCAAUGCAAAACCCAAAAUGGAGCCAUUAAUUGCGUCUGUCCAACCAACUAUGUCGGGGAUCCUUACAGUUCUUGUCGUCCAGAAUGUGUUCUCAACACAGACUGUCCGCGCCAUCAAAGCUGUUUGAAUAAUCGCUGCAUUGAUCCUUGUCCCGGAACGUGUGGUCAUAACACUGAUUGCAGAGUUUCCAAUCACGUUCCUGCAUGUAGUUGUAAAGAAUCUUAUAAGGGCGAUCCUUACGUAUCUUGCCGUCCUAUUCCAGUGACAAUACCUCCGACCGCACCCUCCCUUACUGAGACACCAUGCAAUCCAUCCCCGUGUGGACCGAAUAGUGUUUGUAGGCCAGUUGGUAAUGCCCCAGUUUGCUCGUGUCAACCCAAUUACUUGGGAUUGCCACCUGAUUGUAGACCAGAAUGCGUCUCCAGCUCGGAGUGCGCUCCUACUCAAGCAUGCCUUAAUCUCAAGUGCCAAGAUCCUUGCAAAGAAACGUGUGGCCGAGACGCACAAUGUAAGGUUGUAAAUCACAAUCCAAUCUGCGUCUGUCCUUCCGGAUGGACAGGUGACCCUAUGACUGGGUGUCGCAUUAUUCCGACACCUGCACCUAAUGUAGUUGGUGAACCUGGCACCUUGCCACCUAUUCCACCCAAUCCUUGCAAUCCGACACCUUGCGGACCCAACUCGCAAUGCCAAGUCGUUGGUGGACAAGCUCAGUGUGGCUGCGUGACCGGAAUGAUUGGCUCGGCUCCCAACUGUCGCCCCGAAUGCGUACUCAAUUCAGAGUGCCCAUCAAAUCGAGCUUGUGUCAACCAGAAAUGUAUCGACCCUUGUGUUGGAACUUGUGCACAAAACGGUGAAUGUACCGUCGUCAAUCAUAGACCUGUUUGUAGUUGCAUAUCUGGUUAUUCCGGAGACGGUUUUACCAAUUGCCGACCCAUUCCAACUGUUGUUGAACCAAAUGUCGUCCAACCACCAUCACCAUGCGAUCCUAAUCCUUGCGGUACCAAUGCUCAAUGUAAAACGCAAAACGGCGCCAUCAACUGCGUCUGCCCAGAAAAUUACGUCGGUGAUCCAUUCAGCUCUUGUCGUCCAGAAUGUGUUUUGAACACAGACUGUCCUCGUGAUAAGAGCUGUUCUCGUAACCGUUGUGUUGAUCCUUGUAUUGGAACGUGUGGAGAAAAUGCAGAAUGCAGGGUGGCUAAUCACAUACCAAUCUGCAGUUGCAAAGAAACUUAUACUGGAGAUCCAUAUGGAUCUUGCAGGCCCAUCCCCGUGAAGAUACCCCCAACAGCUCCGAUUGUUGAAAGACCAUGCGAUCCCCCUCCAUGUGGUCCUCAUAGCACUUGCAGACCCGUUGGCAAUGCACCAGUUUGCGCUUGUCAGCCGGGCUAUUUGGGAAUACCACCAGAAUGUAGACCGGAAUGUGUCUCGAGCUCAGAGUGCGCACCAUCUAAGGCAUGCGUUAACCUGAAAUGCCAAGAUCCUUGUCCUGGAACAUGUGGUCGGGAUGCAAAAUGUCAAGUAGUUAACCACAAUCCGAUUUGCGUCUGUCCUGCCGGAUGGACGGGUGAUCCACUAACUGGUUGUCACAUUAUACCUACACCGGCACCAAAUACCGUAGCGGAAGUAGGAACGUUACCACCUCUACCACCCAACCCUUGCACACCCUCACCCUGUGGACCCAAUUCGCAAUGUCAAGUCGUAGCUGGUCAAGCUCAAUGCGGAUGUGUACCUGGCAUGAUUGGUUCGGUACCAAAUUGUCGACCGGAAUGCAUCCUUUCCUCUGAUUGCCCCUCGAACAAAGCUUGCGUCAAUCAAAAAUGCAUUGAUCCUUGUCCUGCCACUUGCGCUGCAAAUGCGGAUUGUCGAGUUGUCAACCAUUCCCCUAUGUGCACUUGUGCUACGGGUUACACCGGCGACAGCUUUAAAAACUGUCGUCCUAUUGCCCUUGCUGUUGAACCUAACGUCGUGCAACCACCGACACCAUGCGAUCCCAAUCCCUGUGGUACCAACGCUCAAUGCAAAACUCAAAAUGGAGCAUCAAGUUGUGUUUGUCCGGCCGGUUACAUCGGUGAUCCUUACAGUUCAUGUCGACCCGAAUGCGUUCUCAACACAGAUUGCCCACGUGAUCAAAGUUGUUCACGUAACCGCUGUAUUGAUCCUUGUCCUGGAGCUUGCGGUAUCAAUGCCGUCUGUAGGGUUGCAAAUCAUAUUCCGGUUUGCAGUUGUAUAGAAUCUCACACUGGGGAUCCUCAUAGAUCUUGUCGUCCAAUUCCUGUGAUAAUUCCACCAACAUCCCCAGUUAUCAAUGAGAGACCAUGCGUUCCGACUCCUUGCGGCCCUAAUAGUCAAUGUCGUGAAGUCGGAAAUGCUCCGGUUUGCUCUUGCCAGCCGGGCUAUCUGGGCAUUCCACCAGAAUGUCGACCAGAAUGUGUCUCAAGCUCAGAAUGUGCUCCAUCCCUGGCGUGUUCCAAUUUCAAAUGCCAAGAUCCUUGUCCUGGAACAUGUGGUCGAGACGCAAAAUGUCAAGUAGUUAACCACAACCCGAUUUGCGUUUGUCCUUCUGGAUGGACUGGUGAUCCUCUAACUGGUUGUCAAAUCAUUCCGACCCCCAUCCAAAAACCUGUAGUAGAAGAAGGAACGUUACGACCUCUACCACCCAACCCGUGCAACCCAACACCCUGUGGACCCAAUUCACAAUGCCAAGUGGUUUCUGGUCAAGCCCAGUGUGGAUGCAUUCCUGGCAUGAUUGGUUCGGCACCAAACUGUCGAGCAGAAUGUGUCGUGAGCUCGGAUUGCCCCUCUAACGAGGCCUGCAUCAAUCAGAAAUGUGUCGAUCCAUGCCCUGGCACUUGUGCACCCAACGCUGAAUGUAGAGUCGUGAAUCACUCGCCUGUAUGCGAUUGCAUCAAGGGUUUCACUGGCGAUGGUUUCAGUAAUUGCCGACCCACUCCAGUAGACGUCGCACCGAACAUAAUCGAACCGCCCAAGCCGUGCGAUCCAAAUCCUUGUGGCACCAACGCCCAAUGCAAAACACAGAACGGAGCCAUCAAUUGCGUCUGUCCUGCCGAUUAUGUCGGAGAUCCUUACAGUUCUUGUCGUCCAGAAUGUGUACUCAACACGGAUUGCCCACGCGAUCGAAGCUGCGCCCGAAACCGAUGUAUCGAUCCUUGUCGAGGAACGUGUGGUCUGAACACCGACUGUAGCGUUUCCAAUCACAUUCCCAUUUGCAGUUGCAAAGAAUCCUACAGUGGGGAUCCUUACGAUUCCUGCCGUCCUAUUCCUGUCAAAAUACCUCCAGUGUCUCCGUCGGUUAUCGAAAAACCUUGCGAUCCUCACCCAUGCGGUCCGAAUAGCAUUUGCAAACCAGUUGGCAACGCUCCCGUGUGCUCCUGCCAGCCCAGCUACAUGGGCUUACCACCAAACUGUAGACCAGAAUGUGUUUCCAGUGCAGAGUGCCCGGCAUCUCAGGCCUGCGUGAAUUUGAAGUGUAGGGACCCUUGUUUAGGAACCUGCGGUAGAGGUUCCGAAUGCUUUGUUGUUAAUCAUAGCCCAGUCUGUGUCUGUCCUGUUGGAUGGACUGGUGAUCCAUUGACUGGAUGCCGUAUCAUUCCGACUGUCGUGACUAGUCCGGUCGUUGAAGAGGCCACAUUGAAACCUUUACCCCCUAGUCCGUGUACACCAAAUCCUUGUGGACCCAACUCGCAAUGUCAGGCAAUAUCUGGUCAAGCGGAAUGCGGAUGUUUGGCCAACAUGAUCGGAUCGGCACCCAACUGCCGCCCCGAGUGUAUCGUUAACUCAGAUUGCCCAGCCAAUGACGCUUGUGUCAAUCAGAAAUGCAUUGAUCCUUGUCCGGGAACUUGUGGAUCGAAUUCAGAGUGCCGAGUAGUCAACCAUUCACCUGUGUGCACUUGCGAAACAGGUUACACAGGCAACGCUUUCAGCAAUUGCCGCCCGAUUCCUACAGUCGUGGAACCGAACGUUGUUCAGCCACCAAGACCUUGCGAUCCCAAUCCAUGCGGUACCAAUGCCCAGUGCAAAGAACAAAAUGGUGCCAUCAAUUGCGUAUGUCCGACUAAUUAUGUCGGUGAUCCGUUCACCUCAUGCCGACCCGAGUGUCUGUUAAGCACCGAUUGUUCCCGCGAUAAGAGCUGCGUCAAAAAUCUAUGCGUGGAUCCUUGUCGAGGAACAUGUGGUCCAAAUUCUGAUUGUAGAGUGGUCAAUCACAUUCCCGUCUGCAGUUGCAAAGAAUCUCACACUGGCGAUCCGUACGAUUCUUGUCGUCCUAUUCCCGUGAAAAUUCCGCCAACGUUACCGAAUGUUGUCGAGCGACCGUGUGAUCCUCCUCCAUGUGGCCCACAUAGUACAUGCAGACCAGUUGGCAACACCCCAGUCUGCGCUUGCCAGCCGGGCUAUUUGGGAAUACCACCAGAAUGUAGACCGGCGUGCGUUUCCAGCUCUGAAUGCGCUCCCACACAAGCAUGUAUCAACUUCAAAUGCCAGAAUCCUUGUUCUGGAACUUGCGGUCAAGAUGCUGAAUGUAAAGUAGUCAACCACAAUCCGAUUUGUUUGUGUCCAGCGGGAUGGACUGGCGAUCCAUUAACUGGUUGCCGUAUAAUACCGACACCUAUCCCAAGUCCUGUUUCUGAACCAGCGACUUUACCACCGAUUCCGCUGAAUCCUUGCACACCCAACCCGUGCGGACCAAGUUCGCAGUGCCAAGUUGUGUCAGGCCAAGCUCAAUGUGGUUGCCUGCCCAACAUGAUUGGCUCGGUACCGAAUUGCCGACCAGAGUGCAUAGUCAGCUCUGACUGUCCAUCGCAAAGUGCUUGCGUUAAUCAAAUCUGUGUGGAUCCCUGCGUUGGGACUUGCGCCAGUAAUGCUGACUGUCGAGUAUUGAAUCAUUCGCCAGUUUGCACCUGUGCGCAGGGUUACACUGGUAUUGGUUUUACUGGUUGCCACCCAAUUCCAGCUCUUGUCGAACCAAAUGUUGUCCAACCACCUACUCCAUGCGAUCCUAAUCCGUGCGGUACAAACGCUCAAUGCAAAACACAAAACGGAGCCAUCAACUGCGUUUGCCCGGCUAGUUAUAUUGGCGAUCCCUACAGUUCCUGUCGGCCAGAAUGUGUUCUUAACACAGAUUGCCCUCGGGACAAGAAUUGCCUUCAGAGCCGUUGCGUAGACCCUUGUAAAGGAGCGUGUGCUCCUAAUGCGGACUGCAGGGUUUCAAAUCACAUUCCUGUAUGCAGUUGCAAAGAAUCUUACCAGGGCGAUCCCUACGUAUCUUGCCGUCCCAUUCCAGUGAAAAUUCCUCCUACCGCUCCCUCUCUAACCGAGGAACCAUGCAAUCCAUCUCCGUGUGGGCCAAAUAGUGCAUGUAGGCCAGUCGGUAAUGCCCCGGUUUGUUCGUGUCAACCCAAUUACUUGGGAUUGCCGCCAGAUUGUAGACCAGAAUGCGUCUCCAGCUCGGAGUGCGCUCCUACUCAAGCAUGCCUUAAUCUCAAGUGCCAAGAUCCUUGCAAAGAAACGUGUGGCCGAGACGCACAAUGUAAGGUUGUAAAUCACAAUCCAAUCUGCGUCUGUCCUUCCGGAUGGACAGGUGACCCUAUGACUGGGUGUCGCAUUAUUCCGACACCUGCACCUAAUGUAGUUGGUGAACCUGGCACCUUGCCACCUAUUCCACCCAAUCCUUGCAAUCCGACACCUUGCGGACCCAACUCGCAAUGCCAAGUCGUUGGUGGACAAGCUCAGUGUGGCUGCGUGACCGGAAUGAUUGGCUCGGCUCCCAAUUGUCGCCCCGAAUGCGUACUUAAUUCAGAGUGCCCAUCAAAUCGAGCUUGUGUCAACCAGAAAUGUAUCGAUCCUUGCGUUGGAACAUGUGCACCAAACAGUGAAUGUACCGUCGUCAAUCAUAGGCCUGUUUGUAGUUGCACAUCUGGUUAUUCCGGAGACGGUUUUAGCAAUUGCCAGCCAAUCCCAGUUGUUGUUGAACCAAAUGUCGUCCAACCACCUUCACCGUGCGACCCGAAUCCUUGCGGUACCAAUGCUCAAUGUAAAACACAAAACGGCGCUAUCAACUGCGUCUGCCCAGAAAAUUACGUCGGUGAUCCUUUCAGCUCUUGUCGCCCAGAAUGUGUUCUAAACACAGACUGUCCUCGUGAUAAGAGCUGCUCUCGUAACCGCUGUGUUGAUCCUUGUGUUGGAACGUGUGGAGAAAAUGCCAAUUGCAGGGUGGCCAACCAUAUACCCGUCUGCAGUUGCAAAGAAUCUCAUACUGGAGAUCCAUAUGGAUCUUGCAGACCCAUACCCGUGAAGAUACCCCCAACAGCUCCGAUUGUUGAAAGACCAUGCGAUCCCCCUCCAUGUGGUCCUCAUAGCACGUGCAGACCCGUUGGCAAUGCGCCAGUUUGCGCUUGUCAGCCGGGCUAUUUGGGAAUACCACCAGAAUGUAGACCGGAAUGUGUCUCGAGCUCAGAGUGCGCACCAUCUAAGGCAUGCGUUAACCUGAAAUGCCAAGAUCCUUGUCCUGGAACAUGUGGUCGGGAUGCAAAAUGUCAAGUAGUUAACCACAAUCCGAUUUGCGUCUGUCCUGCCGGAUGGACGGGUGAUCCACUAACUGGUUGUCACAUUAUACCUACACCGGCACCAAAUACCGUAGCGGAAGUAGGAACGUUACGACCUCUACCACCCAACCCUUGCACGCCCUCACCCUGUGGACCCAAUUCGCAAUGUCAAGUCGUAGCUGGUCAAGCUCAAUGCGGAUGUGUACCUGGCAUGAUUGGUUCUGUACCAAAUUGUCGACCGGAAUGCAUCCUUUCCUCUGAUUGCCCCUCGAACAAAGCUUGCGUCAAUCAAAAAUGCAUUGAUCCUUGUCCUGGCACUUGCGCUGCAAAUGCGGAUUGUCGAGUUGUCAACCAUUCCCCAAUGUGCACUUGUGCUACGGGUUACACUGGCGACAGCUUUAAAGAUUGUCGUCCUAUUGCCCUUGCUGUUGAACCUAACAUCGCUCAACCGUCGACACCAUGUGAUCCUAAUCCCUGUGGUACUAACGCUCAAUGCAAAACGCAAAAUGGAGCCAUCAAUUGCGUGUGCCCGGCUGGUUACAUCGGUGAUCCUUACAGUUCAUGUCGACCCGAAUGCGUUCUCAACACAGAUUGCCCACGCGAUCAAAGUUGUUCGCGCAACCGGUGCAUCGAUCCUUGCCCUGGAACAUGUGGAAUUAAUGCCGACUGCAGAGUGGCUAAUCACAUCCCGGUUUGCGGUUGCAAAGAGGCAUUUACCGGCGAUCCCUACGAAUCCUGCCGUCCUAUACCUGCUAAACCUAUUCCAACACCAAACGUGGUCGAGAAACCUUGUGUGCCAUCACCGUGCGGACCCAAUAGCCAGUGUCGAGAGGUUGGCAAUGUUCCGGUGUGCUCAUGCCAACCAGGCUACAUGGGUGUCCCUCCGGAAUGCAGACCAGAAUGUGUUUCGAGCUCGGAAUGCCCGCCAUCGCUGGCCUGCAUCAAUUUCAAGUGUCAAGAUCCUUGUACUGGAACCUGUGGUCGCGAUGCGGAAUGCCGCGUACUGAAUCACAACCCAACUUGUGUAUGUCCAUCUGGAUGGACCGGAGAUCCUUUAACCGGUUGUUCUCCGAUUCCAACGUCCACACUCAACCCACUAGGAGAAGUAGCUACGCUACCUCCUCUCCCGCUCAAUCCUUGCACACCAACACCCUGUGGUCCAAACUCGCAAUGUCAAGUGGUUUCAGGCCAAGCGCAGUGCGGCUGUUUGGCAAAUAUGAUUGGCACUAGUCCCAAUUGUCGACCUGAAUGUAUCCUUGGCUCAGAUUGCCCAUCAACUAGCGCUUGCGUAAAUCAAAAAUGCGUUGAUCCUUGUCCGGGAACUUGCGGCUCCAAUUCCGAUUGUAGAGUCGUCAAUCAUUCUCCGAUUUGCACCUGCGCAUCUGGUUACACAGGCAAUGCCUUCGAUAACUGUCGACCCAUUCCUGUUGUUGGCGUACCGAAUGUAGUCGAACCACAACGACCUUGCGAGUCCCACCCUUGUGGCACAAACGCCCAAUGUAAAGAAUCACCAGGCGGCGGUGUCAAUUGCGUAUGCCCUGCCAAUUAUAUCGGUGAUCCGUAUAGCUCUUGUCGACCCGAAUGCGUUCUCAGCAGCGAUUGCCCUCGCGAUCAAACUUGUUCCCGCAAUCGUUGCGUGGAUCCUUGUGUCGGGGCUUGCGGCUCCAACAGCCAAUGCCGCGUAGCCAAUCAUGUUCCAGUCUGCUCGUGCGUUCAGGGUUUCCAUGGAGAUCCUUACUCAUCAUGCCAACCUAUCCCUGUCGAGUCCCGACCCAUCGAUCCUACACCAUCGGAAAAGCCUUGCGUCCCAUCGCCAUGCGGCCCCAACAGCCAAUGUCGCGGCGUGGGUAACGUGCCGGUUUGCUCUUGUCUCUCGGGCUACAUGGGUAUUCCACCAGAGUGCCGGCCUGAGUGCGUGACAAGCGCCGAGUGCGCCCCGAUGCAUGCCUGUGUCAACUCUAAAUGCCAGAACCCUUGUCUGGGUACUUGUGGACUCAACUCGGAGUGUAAGGUCAUCAACCACAACCCGGUUUGCACCUGCCCAUCUGGUUGGACCGGUGAUCCAUUCACGCAGUGUCGAAUCAUUCCCACCUCUGUACCUUCACCUGUAGUGGAUGAAUCUACUUUACGGCCUAUCCCACCGAACCCAUGCAAUCCACCGCCUUGCGGCUUGAACGCUCAGUGCCAAGCUGUUGGUGGUGUCGCACAGUGCGCUUGCCUUGCCGGCAUGAUCGGCUCGGUACCCAAUUGCCGUCCAGAAUGCGUCAUUAGUUCCGACUGUCCAUCGAAGGAGGCCUGUGUCAACCGAAAAUGUGUUGAUCCUUGCCCAGGCACCUGCGGCGCCAAUUCUGAAUGUCGUGUUGUCAACCACGCUCCAUCGUGCUCGUGUCGCGAGGGUUUCACCGGCAACGCAUUUGCCGAUUGCCGGCCAGUCCAAGCUGUCGCCGAAGUAAAUCCGCCAGUUCCGCCGCGUCCAUGUGAUUCACAUCCAUGUGGUCCUAACGCCCAUUGUCGUGUAAAUCCGAAUAGCGGAUCGGCGGCUUGUGUAUGCCCGCCCGACUAUGGUGGAGAUCCUUACAUCUCAUGCCGGCCGGAAUGUGCCGCUAAUUCAGACUGUCCGCGCCAUCGUACUUGUCUCAAUAACCGAUGCGUUGAUCCUUGCGCUGGCGUUUGCGGCCUCGAAUCUCUUUGUCGCGUCGUUAACCAUCUACCCGUCUGUGGUUGCCCUCAAGGCUACACGGGUGAUCCGUACAGCCUGUGUCGGCCGAUUCCUGUCACGAUCGCCCCUACGACGGCACCUUCAGUAGUCGAACCUUGCAAUCCGUCGCCAUGUGAGGUUAACAGUCGUUGCGAGGUAUCUCCAUCCGGAGGGCCUGUCUGCGUCUGUUUGCCGGGCUUCACCGGUUCUGCUCAGUUGGGUUGUCGGCCAGAGUGUCUCUCUAAUUCAGAGUGCCCAGCUGGUCUCAGCUGUGUCAAUCGGCGCUGUCGGGAUCCUUGUCCGGGACUUUGCGGAAACAAUGCUCAAUGUUCCGUUGCCAGUCAUAUGCCGUUCUGCAACUGCCCACCAGGAUUCACGGGUGAUCCGUACAGUAGCCGCGGUUGCCAGAUCAUACCUUGUAAGAUUUAGAUGAUGUUCAAAAUCAUUAGCAAAAUAUUGGCAUUCAAAAAUCGAAUUCUCUUAAUAACCAAUCCGUUAAUUUUUACGAUAAAUUCAGCGGCCAUACCGCCACCUUUAGCCGAAUCGGCAACACUGCGACCACUUCCUCCCAAUCCGUGCAGUGCGCACCCAUGCGGUGCCAACAGUAUCUGCCAGGUAGUCCACAAUACAGCACAAUGCGCCUGUAUGGCUGGCAUGAUCGGCAUUUCGCCGAGUUGUCGUCCUGAAUGCGUUGUAGCUUCUGAUUGCCCAGCCAGGCGAGGUUGUGUUAAUCAGAAAUGCGUGGAUCCAUGCCCGGGUACUUGUGGCCCGAACUCCGACUGUCGAGUGAUCGACCACUCGCCUGUCUGUUUCUGUCGUCCAGGAUUCACGGGCAAUGCGUACGCAGCUUGUCGGCCAUUACCCGUCGUUGUUGAACCUUCGGUUGUUGAGCCGACGAAGACCGGCUGCACUCCGUCGUUCUGCGGUGUGAACGCCGAGUGCCGCGACGUAAGUGGCUCCCCUGAAUGCAUCUGUCCGCCAAACUAUGUCGGUGACCCAUACAGCUCGUGUCGCCCAGAAUGCGUCUUGAAUACUGACUGCCCCCGUGACCGUACCUGCGUACGAAAUCGCUGUGAAAAUCCUUGCACGGACGCUUGUGGCCCCAAUGCUGAAUGUCGUGUAGCUAAUCACGCUCCAGUCUGUGUCUGCCAGCCGGGUUUUGAGGGCAAUCCAUUUUCAUCUUGUCAACCCGUCCCUGCUGUAGGAGAACCGGGUACCAUCGACCGAGAAGAUUUUUGCAACCCGAAUCCUUGUGGAGUCAAUGCCGAAUGCAGAAAGCAAGGCGUUAAAGACACCGUCUGCGUCUGCUUGCCCGGUUUGAUAGGCGAUCCUUACGUUUCAUGUAAACCAGAGUGCCUUACCAACGCGGAUUGUUCCAACAACAUGGCUUGCAUUGCCCAGAAAUGUAAAGAUCCUUGCCCAGGGGCUUGCGGUGUCGAUGCUCGUUGUCAAGUAACAGGCCACAACCCAGUUUGCUCAUGUCCUAAUGGCUACGCUGGUGAUCCGUUCGUUAAAUGCCAGCCUAAACCAGUUGCGAUCGGAACACCGGUUGUCAAACCCGAAUGCGAAGUCGAUCCUGAUUGCCAGACUACUCAGGCCUGUAUUGAACAACGUUGUAUCGAUCCGUGCAUCCAACGGCCAGGCAUUUGCGCCCCUAACGCCGAAUGCCGAGUUAUCCAACACCGGCCCGUCUGUGUCUGCGCUGAAGGGUUUACAGGCAAUCCACAAGUCCAAUGUUUCCAAGGUAAGCUUUGUAUCUUAAUGUUUACAUUCAUUGAAUUCUCUAAAACAAAAUGUUUCUAUUGGAUUUCAGUUGGUUGCCGAUCCGAUUCCGAUUGUCCUUCGAACGAAGCUUGCGUUAACCGCCAGUGUAAGGAUCCAUGCGUUUUUGAAACGUGCGGUACCAACGCCCUGUGCCGUGUUAAUGCCCAUCGACCGCAGUGCUUCUGUCCUGAACGCCAUGAAGGCGACCCCUACCGUGCCUGUCGUCAACCCGAGUGUCUCGUCGAUAAUGAUUGUCCGAGCACGUUGGCUUGUCGUGAAAAGAACUGCCGUGACCCAUGCAAUUGUCCACCAGAUACGAAAUGUACCGUCAUCAAUCACGUACCUAGAUGCUCUUGCCCGGCUGGAUAUAAGGGAGAACCGAACACAACCAGAGGAUGCUACCUACCAGAAGAGCAAGCGGUAAUUAAAGGUGGUUGUACGACCGACGGAGAGUGUCCUAGUAAACACGCCUGUUUCAACGGUGAAUGCGUCAACCCGUGCACCGUCAUCAAACCGUGCGGAGUGAACGCCCAGUGUUUGGUCAUCGAUUCGCUUCCGCUAAGAACAAUGACUUGUCAAUGUCUACCUGGUUAUUUUGGAAAUCCAAAUGUCGAGUGUCGCAGCGUUCCAAUCGAAGAUCCAGGAUGCCGUUCCGACGACAAUUGCCCGGACAAUCAGAGCUGCCGCAAUCGUCAAUGCGUUAGCCCUUGCGCAGUGGCCAAUCCUUGCGCCAAUAACGCCAUCUGCACGGUGGUCGGACAUCAGCCCAAGUGUACUUGUCCUGAAGAUUUCACCGGCAAUCCCAACAUCAACUGCUAUCAAGCUAAUCCACGUCCUGCCCGUUUCUGUUUGGCCGACGUGGACUGCAAUAACAUCAACUCGUGCUUAGACAGUCAAUGCCAAAAUCCGUGCUUCGUAGCCAAUCCUUGUCCUCCCACCGCCGACUGCAAACCGUUUGAGCGUCAGACCUAUUGUCACUGCCCCAACGGUACCAAAGGCAAUCCUUGGAGCCGAUGCGACGCAGUUCCCAAGGUGGACGUCGAAUGUCGAUCCGAUCCUGAGUGCCCAUUGGACAAAGCUUGCGAACAACAAGUUUGUCAAGAUCCUUGCGUCAUCGGCAAUCCUUGCGGUGACAAUGCCGUCUGUCGUACCCAACAACAUCGACCGGUUUGCUUCUGCCCCGAUGGCUGGGGUGGUGAUCCACAAAUCAAAUGCUUCCGACCUGAAUGUGAGAGAGACGAUGAUUGUCCAUCUGAUCGAGCCUGCAUUACUGGCAAGUGUUUGAAUCCAUGCGUCUUCGGUGGCAGCCAAUGUGGUACCAACGCGUUAUGCCGCGUCACUCUCCAUCGUCCGCAAUGCUACUGCCCGGCUGGUAUGCAAGGCAAUCCAACCGUCAUUUGCAUCCCUGUCGGAUGUCAGAGUCACGACGAUUGCGCCACAGAGGAAGUUUGCGAUCGACUCAACCGCGUCUGCGUUAAGGUCUGCGAAACAAUCGCUUGCGCUCCAACAGCCAAUUGUACUGGCAGAGACCAUCAAGCAAUAUGCGAUUGCCCUCCAGGCCAGCGUGGAAAUCCAUUCGUUCGCUGCAUUGAAGAUACACCCAUCGUUACAGUCAGUCCACCUCGUCCUGAAUGUCGCUCAGACCCUGAAUGUCCCAGCAAAGAGGUCUGCAUCAGUAACAAAUGCGUCAAUCCCUGUAGUGUCAAUCCCUGCGGCGACACUGGACAACUUUGCAGCGUGGUAGACAGCACCCCGUUGCGUACUGUGGUAUGUCAAUGUCCACCGGACAGCUUCGCGGACGAAAACAGCCGUUGUAUCUCUGCAGUGACAGGCGAAUCACCAUCUCAAGUGACCGGCUGUAAGGCUGACGACGAAUGUCCUGCUGAAGAGGCUUGCCGUAAUGGUAUUUGCGAAAGUCCUUGUGACUGUGCCCCUGACUCCAUCUGUCGUGUCAUCAACCGCAAACCAGUCUGCGCUUGUCGUGAAGGAAUGACUGGUGACCCAUUGGUAGCCUGCUACAAAGUGGGAUGCACCGUAGACGAAGAAUGUCCUGGAACACAUGCUUGCGUCAAUGGGCAGUGUAAACCUGUCUGCUCACCGGCCACGUGCGAAAGUGGAUCGGUUUGUCAAGGAAUUAACCACAAGCCCGUGUGUGAAUGCCCACCUGGAACGAAGGGCAAUCCGAAUGCCGGCUGCAAAGCGAUUGGCUGCACCAACUUGAAAGAUUGUCCAACUGAUCGAGCCUGUUUCAACGGUGUUUGCACUGAUCCUUGCUCAAUGCCCAAUGCUUGUGCCGUCGACCAGGAAUGUAAACCAUUCAACCAUACGGCUGUCUGCGAUUGCCCACCUGGUUUCCAAGGGUCACCUGAAACAGCUUGUACCCGCGUUGAUAUCGAAUUGGGAUGCAGAGCCGAUACGGACUGUCCUUCUCUAGAAGCCUGCAUCAACCGCGAAUGCAAAGAUCCCUGCGAGGCUCUCAAACCUUGCGCUCCAUCGGCCGUCUGUGAAGUCAAACCCACAUCGCCGUACCGUACCAUGGUGUGUGUCUGCCCACCUGGAACGACCGGCUAUGCUGCGAUUGAAUGCGUCAAAGUCGCCAUCCCUGAAGUCGAAGAAGAAUGUGAGGUUACCGAGGGUUUCAUUAAGAUGCCAAACGGCACAUGCGUUUGCGAUCCGCUGAGGAAUCUGGUCCAGGCCCCCAAUGGAACUUGCAUUUGUGAUCCCGAAAAGGGUCUAGUUGAAGGCCCAUCGGGAGUCUGCGUCAGCCCAGUUUUAUUGCCGGAGUGCGUUAGCAAUGAUGAUUGCCCCGAUGACAAGUACUGCAACUCCACCUGUCGCGAUCCUUGCGCCGAACGAAUCUGCAAUCCCAACUCAGAAUGCCGUGCCACUGAACAUCGGGCCGUUUGUGUUUGCAUCCGUGGUCAUGCCUAUAAGGAUGAUGAAUCUGGUUGCGUUCCUGAAAGAACACCGUUACGUACCGACUUCCCGCGCCCAGAAAUUGUUGUCAACUGUCUGGCUGAUGGCGUUCAGGUCGACAUUCAUAUCGGCACAGCUGGUUUCGAUGGCGUCCUUUACGUCAAGGGACAUUCCAAAGAUGAAAACUGUCGCCGCGUACUCGAUGCCAAACGUGAUGUGGGCAGCAUUGAUUAUAAGGUUCGAUUUGACACCUGCGGAUUGGUACUAGAAAACGGAGAGGCUUCCUUCAUUCUGGUCAUUCAGAAACAUCCCAAACUGAUGACAUUUAAAGCCCAGGCGUACCAAGUUCGCUGCGUCUACGAUACACCUGAGAAAACCGUUACGGUUGGCUUCAAUGUUUCGAUGUUGACGACUGCCGGUACGAUUUCCAAUACCGGCCCACCACCUGUGUGUACCAUGAAGAUCUGCCUGCCUUCAGGACAGGAAGUGCGCAGUGCCGUUAUCGGAGACACGCUCAUGCUCAAAGUUGAAGUCCAGCCUAUUGGUAUUUACGGAGGCUUUGCCCGUAGCUGUUACGCUGUGACUGACAACAAUAACACUCAUUUGGUCACGGACGAGAACGGAUGCCCCACUGAUCCCACUAUAUUCGGAGCCUGGACACAGCAUCCAGAAACAAGAACUCUCGUCUCCACUUUCAACGCAUUUAAAUUCCCGGCCAGCGACAACAUUCGCUUCCAGUGCAACAUCCGCGUCUGCUUUGGCAGAUGCCAACCGGUCAAUUGCGAUGGAGUUGACGCUUAUGGGCGUCGUCGCCGUCGUCAAGCAGAUACCGAAUAUCUCACACCAAGAACAACCAACUUGACCGAAGUGGAAAUUCGCGAAUCAGUUAUUGCCGGCCAACUGCGUGAAGAGAUCAUGGUCCAAUCCAAUUCUAUUUUGGCAUUAGAUCGUGGUGGAGAGGAGAGAUUCAGUGCACCAACAGAAGCACCCGACGUCGUUCGCCAGGAAGUCUGCGUCUCAACCAUGGGUUUUAUCAUCGCGCUCAUUAUUACUGCGCUAUUGGCACUCGUAGCCGUCGCUGUUGCAGUGUCCUGCUGGUUGAUGGCCUACCGGAGGCGACCCAAGAUUGACGGACCUCUUCCCCAUCCGGCGGAAUUUCCAAAUCCACUCUUUACGACGCCAGAACCACUGGCUGAGCCAUCCCCGGAUUAUCUUUCCUAAAGAAUCCAGCUUGACGGCUUCUAGAAUUGUGUCAAUUUCCAUAGGAAAAAUGGAGUUUCAAAGAAUUGUUUUAUCUUUAAAAAGAAAAUCGAAUUUUAGCAGCUUCGCAAAAAAGUGAAAGGCCAUAUGUCAGAAAAAUGAAAAAAAAAAAAAAAAAGGUUUGACGAUUGAGGAAGCAUCGUCAGUCGCCCAGUGUAACUUGGGAGUUCAACCCAUUUGUAAUGAUUUGUUGUACAGCCACUCACUCAUUUGCAUUAUACAGCAGUUCGAGAGUGAUGUCGAAUUAACGAAACUUCCACAGUUAACUGGGCGGUGGUUGUAAGUAAACCUUCUACAUUUAUUGUCGUGUGCAUUUUAUUAUUUUUUUAACGCUGUUGCAUACAAUGAUUUUGAUUUUUUUUUUUUAACUUACAUUCCCCCGAAUUCUUAAAAAAAUUGGGUGGUGCAGGUCACGCUCGGUCACCUCUUUGUCUCCUUGGUGACCCUUGGUGCUUAAAUUCUUUUUGUUUUGUUUUUUAUUUUCGGAAGGAAUUCUUUGCUGCUUCUUUCCCUCCCGAUUUCUUUAUGCAACUCUUAUUGUCAGUCCAAUUAAUUAACUAUUCGAUGACUCACGCUAGAUUUAAGUCCAACUGUUUUCUUCAUUACAAUAAACUGUGCUAAUCCACUGGAGGGACAUCUGUGGCAAUAACCUCGUCUUUGUACUGUGACGCCGUAUUGUAUUUUAUUGUUUUAUUCGUCGUGGAACAUACUGCUAAAACCCAGUGCGCUUUUUUUAAAACGUUUAACUUGUGUUAAUGAAUUUGCCUUAUCUUCUUCUGCAAUUUGUAUAAACCAAGAUUAAGGUGAACAAAUACAAUUAUGUUGUUAUUAAUAAUAAAUCGGUCUGUACUGUACUGUACAUCUAUCUGUGAGUACUGUGAGAUUGAACAGAGACCAACAAAGUGAAACCUCGUCGCCGAAAUGUGGCAUUGGCAGGUGGCGGCACAGCCAGGUCAGCCGCACAGGACCCUACGGUUUCUAUGUUGUUGUUGAGUUUGUUGGUGCUCUACUGAUUGACGGUUGCGUUACAGUAGGUAAGAAGAGUGAUCGACCCAAUAAGCAGAAAUUUCAGAGAUGAAAAAAGAUUCAUGCUUCGUGGGGCGCGUCAAGUGGCAAAUCAGACGAAUCAGGAUUCGUAUGAUCAUCGAUCCUCGGAUGACAGUGGACUCAGUCGUGCAGAUGUAUACUAACAGUUCAGUUUUGUUUCUAUAAGGUGAAAAGGAAAAAUUUUCAGCCUUCUGAAAUCACCAUGGCAAUUAUCUGCCCUAUCGACAUUUCAGCCACAUUCACACAUCGACCAUGUCACUCUUUAAAAUGUACAAAAAGGUUUGGUUCUCAAUUCAGGUAAUAAUCCUAGUUACUCAACUUUACAUUGUUAAAGGUAAUAAAACAAUUGUAAUUUUUGAACUGACAAAUAAAAAAUUAUUUUGAGAUUUGUGAAAAUUUCAAUCAGCAGUCUCCAGUGAUAUCGGUCCUGAUACCGUAAUUUACCAGCUCUUUACCAG